AUGCCGCAGCCGCCGAGGCGAGAGGAGCCGCCGGCUCGGCAGCGAGUGACAUCGAUUUACCCGCUCGUCACCACGUCCUGGGAGCACUUCUUUAGGGGGGAAUUGAGUGCUGGUUCCCCUGCCUUUGGCAUGCGUCCUCCAGAUAGAUUUGGUUCUUCGCAAACAAAUCAAUCUCCCUUCGCUGGCGCCCCGCCGCUGCUGUCGGCGUUCCAGAGCUCACGGCUCCCGAUGCAGCUCUGCAUCCUCACCUGCCGCAGAAACUCCGAUUCACCCUUCAGGCAGCGCAGCAGGACUCGCUGGGUUUUGCUGUGGGGCAGUAGGGAGAAACUGCGCAAAACUUGACCAAAAUUAGGAGAGAAGAUGGCCAUCAACUGGAAGGUCUGCUUCUUCAGCCUCGUAUUGCUUCCUGUGGUUGAAGGAACUCAUUCCAACUGCAUCAUUAAAAAGGAGCAAGAGACUUGUCUGGAGAAGAUCCGGAGGGCGACGGCCCUGAACCCUCUCAAUGAUUCCUCUCCAGGUUGCCCAGGAAUGUGGGACAAUAUCACAUGCUGGAAACCUGCAAGCGUGGGAGAAAUUGUCUUUGUCAAGUGUCCUGCACUGUUCAGAUUUAUCAUCUCUGAAGAUGGUUGGGAAGUGGAUAAUUUGGGGCAAACCCAUGCAGGUGAUUAUGACCUGCUGGAAAGCACAGCCCAGUCUCUCCUAGGGGACAUCAGCAGGAAUUGCACUGAAGAUGGUUGGUCUGAACCUUUCCCUCAUUAUUAUGAUGCCUGUGGCUUCGAUGAGAAUGAAACGGAGUCAGAUAACCAGGAUUACUACUAUCUGUCAGUGAAGGCUCUGUACACGGUGGGAUACAGCACUUCCCUGGUUUCCCUCACCACUGCCAUGGUCAUCCUGUGUCGCUUCAGGAAGCUUCACUGCACUCGGAACUUCAUCCACAUGAACCUCUUUGUUUCAUUCAUCCUCCGUGCAAUAUCUGUUUUCAUUAAGGAUGGGGUUCUUUAUGCUGAGCAGGAUGGAAACCACUGUUUUAUUUCCACGGUGGAAUGCAAAGCAGUGAUGGUGUUUUUUCACUACUGUGUCAUGUCCAACUACUUCUGGCUGUUCAUCGAGGGGUUGUACCUCUUCACUUUGUUGGUGGAAACCUUCUUCCCAGAGAGGAGAUACUUCUACUGGUACACAAUCAUUGGCUGGGGUACCCCAACAAUUUGUGUCACUGUCUGGGCAGUGCUGAGGCUUCACUUCGAUGACACUGGCUGCUGGGACAUGAAUGACAACACUGCCUUGUGGUGGGUGAUCAAGGGUCCUGUGGUUGGGUCAAUCAUGAUAAACUUUGUGCUUUUUAUUGGCAUAAUUGUGAUACUUGUGCAGAAACUCCAGUCACCCGAUAUCGGGGGCAAUGAAUCCAGCAUUUACUUCACCCUCCCUCUUCCUCCCAGAUGCAGCUGCAGUCCCUGCCCAGGACACUUGCGCAGCUGCGUUCAGAAAUGCUACUGUAAGCCUAAGAGGGCUAACCAGCACUCUUGCAAGAUGUCAGAACUAUCAACCAUUACCCUGAGACUGGCUCGCUCCACCCUGCUGCUGAUCCCUUUGUUUGGAAUUCACUACACGGUGUUUGCCUUUUCUCCUGAGAAUGUCAGUAAGAGGGAGAGACUGGUCUUUGAAUUGGGACUGGGAUCCUUCCAGGGUUUUGUUGUUGCUGUUCUCUACUGCUUCUUGAAUGGGGAGUUUCUCCCUAAAGGUGCAAUCAGAAAUAAAGAGAAAAUGGAGGAGCUGGAAAGUCAACCGGUAUUUUGCUGUGGAUUUCAAACAUCGCCAUCCUUCUCUAGCGAGCAGCGGAGUGAACGGGGGGACACAACUCUCCAUUCUGAGCAAGAGCAGCUCUCAGAUUCGGAUGUCCAGCAUAAAUGCAGAGAACCUGGCGACAUGAGCAGCUGA